AUGGUCUUGAAGUGCAUAGUCUGCGGAAAAUGCAAGCGGGAGGUUGCCUCUCUCUACAGAUUUCCUGCUGGAAACAGAAAUCUUUCAAGGAAAUGGCAACGUAGACUUGGCCUAGGUGAGGUUGAUAUCAAGAAGACUUCUCGCGUAUGUUCAGACCAUUUCCCACGUGAGUCUUGGUCUUCACACUUGAAAGGCACUUAUAGAAAGCUAAGGCGAUAUGCUCUGCCUCUGAAUCUAAGCAAGAGACACUCAAGAGAACGCUACCAGAGAGCUGGGACACAAUUAGAGACAUCUAGACAGACAAAGAAAGAUCGACAACGAACCAAACCAAUCGAUUCUAUUGGGAAUUGUACAAACACCAGCUUACUAGUAAUUGAACAUGAUCAUGACUACCAUCAUUCCGCCUUGUCUAUUGGGAAUUGUACAAACACCAGCUUACUAUUAAUUGAACAUGAUCAUGACUACCAUCAUUCCGCCAUAGACUUUCCAGAGGCCGUUUAUGCGUCUACAUGCUCAUCACUUCCAACUUCUACGGUCCACAUUGCCAUCCAAGCUGUUCCUCAAACUGCAGAUGCUUGGACACAAUAUGACUAUGAUGACAUCUAUGAGUCAGUAGGUAGUAAGAGAGUCCACUCCCAUUGGUGCUGCUAGCUGCUGCUGCUACCAUGUCUUUAUUUGCAGUCUAGGAAAGCUGUGUGUCUACAUGCAGUGUUUUGGUGGGUUUGUAAUUGGUUCUUGUUUAUCUUUUAUCUCUACUGUUGUGUGCUAGCUGUACAGUGUGUAUAUAUACUCUAAGGAGUGUGGAAAGUGACAAUAUUUCGAAUGAUACAAAUAGAAGAUCUGAGAUGUAACUCAUUAACUUUAUUUUGGAAAUAUCUCUGUAGUAUUAUCAAGUACAUCCAUUGACAUCGACAUUCUAGUAGAUAACAUGUAAAGACGUUUGAUGUCUCAGUAUAAGCAAAUAGAUGAACAAUGUUUUGUGACCAAAACCAAUCGAUUGAGGGAUAUUGUCAUGUUUCCUAAAGGGUUGCCAAACAGUCGACCUUGAAUAAUAGACCAUUUACACUUUCAUUUAAUAGCUGUUGAUGUGUACAUGAAACUGGAAUUUUAGUCUUUAAAGGUUACACAGUCUAGAUGUUGUUGCUUAACUAUACUUU